AGAUUUUACUGGCAAUUCAAUUUCUUCCCUCGAAAAUCAAGCAUGGAAGGACUACCUGUGGGCUGAGUACUUAGCUGAGCGGCUCAGCAAGGAGGGUUGUGACCAGGGCUUCCUAGGAUGGCAAGAGAUGCCGUGAGCUGUGUCCCUUCCACCCUACAGACCAUCCCCAUGCCUGUUGAAUCACCGAUCAGCCUGCAGGUACCUUCAGCAAGCCGGGAGCGAGCACUCCUGCGAUGAGUGGUGAUGAUCCCUGCAGUGACUCAGAGAUGCUUCAGUAAAGCUCCUGCAGGAUAUUUUUCCCUGAAAAUGCCGUGUCCUCCUGGAGAGCAGCUGCUGUCACAGUGAAUGUCUGUUUGUCUCAUUCCAGAGUCCUCCAGUACAAUGAUCUGUGGGUGGUGAACAGGCGUUCACUGGAGGGUCUGUUCCUGCUGAAGCACCUGUAGGUACCGUCCCCUGCCCGCUGCACUGGGCUACUGCCUCACCCUCCCUGGGACCCCUGUGCUCAGCCCACCCCCAUGCAAGCUUGCUUUAUUCCUCCUGGGUUUCAGGCUACAGCCAGAGCAGAGCAGGGUGUCUGGGUGCUGCAGUAGUGCCUGGGGGGAGGAUUCCCACAAGGGCAGGGCGCAGCUUUCAUUUCCCUAAACUCAACCAGGAGGAGGACACUGCUGCCCUUUCCCACAGAUAUUGGAUGACUUUUAGUCAGCCCUAAGGUAACAGUGACCUCCUUAACCCCUUGGAGAUUGCCUUUGGCUCUGUUCAUCUGAGGACCAACAUUUUUGGUGUGAGAACCACUUAGAGCAAGGGAAAACACAUGCAUGCCUUGCUUCUGCUAGGGUUUGGGUGAAAAUACCUCUGUUGUAGUGAAGGCAGAGCCCUUUAUUGCUGAUCGCUCCUGGGAUAGCCUCUCCGGUGGCUAUGCCAGGUGGAAAGAGAGAAGUUUGCACUAACCCUUCCUCUGCUGAAAUCCCAGCUGGACUGAGGUUGGGAGAUCUCUGCUUCAGCCUCCAGCUCCAAGCAGGGCUAACCUCAAAGCUAGCACAGUUUUUUUUCUAUUAAAAAAUCAAUGAGGUUGCUCAGGGCUGCAUCCGGCUGAGUCCCCCCUCUUCUUGGAGGAGAAACAAAUGUGCAAUCAUGUCCACGCGAUGUCAUACGAAAUUGCAACAAGUAGUCUGUCUCUAAUGCUGUCUGGAAGGGAGCACAGAAGCAUCAGGGUUUUUUAAUCCUUGAAGUUCAGGUUUUUACAUAUUUUGGGGUUUCCUGUGCGGUGCAGGCAAAGGAAGUAUGAAACAAGAAUGGCAAAAUCUUGCCCUGUUCUCUCUCCUCUGCUUGGCCGCUGUCAUGCUCUCCUUCCUUAUCUUAAAGGCUAAGGGGCAGAAAUAAAUCGCACUCUGGAGGUUCACAGCUUGAGUGCCCAGAGCCCAGGUUACCUGAGCCUCAGAGGAGUCACAGGUACAGUCAUUUCUCCAUACAGACAUCACGUCAAAGAUCAAAAUAGUACUCACGUGAAAAAGCAGACAGCAGGGGAAGCUCUGGCUUUGAAUUAUUUCAUGAGGGUCAUGUUUUGGGUCCCACUCCUCUGUUAAUAGAGCAGCUGAAAUGAGCACACAGGGAGGUGUCCCUAAAUUGCCUCUCUGGCUUGCGUUUGUAGAUCAUUGCAAGUAUCUUGGUUCCAUCACUAUUUGCAUUUGUAGUGUCAUUUAUUGAGUGUGGCCCUUACGGGCUUGCAUUUUUCCCACAAAAAGGGAGGUUUUGUAUUUUCUAGCAUGCAUGUUGGCUUGGAAGGAGCCAAGUCCAGGGUGGUCUUGGACUUUCUGGUGCUGCUGCUGUGGUGAGCCAGCCCUAGGGCUGCAUCUAAGCCUUGUCUCAGUGCUAGGGAAUGGUGGAAAACAAAGUAGCACCAGUGCUGGAUCCCACUGGCUCCCCCUCCCUGUGUCAUUCUAGCAGGUAUGUGUGCCCUACAUCAUAGCAAAGAAGGAUCCAGGAACUUAAAAGCAGAGAGCAUGUCCUGCAGGAUGUGGGUUGCAAGCUAAAUGAGUCAGGUUGGGAAGAAACAGGCUUCCAGCCAUGUUUCCCUUCCACAAGGCUGAAAACUGAACUCUCCCAAGUACUUCUGAGAUUGCACGUGCAAAGACCUUCCUCCUACCACCCAGCUGCCUCCCUGGGAGGUCCAGACCCUGCAGGCAAGAGCUGCAGUCACUCCCUGAUGCUCUCCCUGAACACCCUCUCCAGUAGCAAGGCCAUCUUCCUACAAAAGAAACCUUGUGCAUUCAUCUCCUCUAAUUUUAGAUGCCUAAUAAUUGCCUGGGAUUACACUAAUUGUUCAGGCUCUUUUUAUUUUCCGUGGAGAGGAACAGACACUUCCCAUUCACCCAAACGAUCUUGGGAACCUGUCUGAGGAGGGGAUGAAUCACUCCCAAAAAAUACUUCUCUCUCACUGAUCGCUGCAGAACAAGCCCAGGCAGCUAAUUCAAGCUGAGACAGCAAACCUUUUGAUUUCUGAAGGUAGGCCAGGUGAAUCCCACAGCGGCUGUGUAUCUACACACAUCUCCCCACAGAGCUGUGCAGGAAAGUGGGAUUUAGGUUACCCCUUCACUGUGCCCUUUCCAGACUUCCGUGUUCUUGAUUUUGCAUCUUUAAUAGGGUCCCUCUAACAUAACUUUUUUCACCAAACAUGGUGUAGGAGGGAGGGAUUAAGAGAAAAAUAACCAUUUUGGUCACAUAUGUGGUUACCAACCUAUCCCUGAAACCCUCAAACAAGGGGUGCUCUCCAAGCUUUUCUGGCUGACUUCAGCAAGCAAAGCAUUGAUGGCACUGGGGGAAGGCAGGUUGCAUCUCUGUGGCCCAUCCAGAGGGUCACACAACGGUGUGGUCCCUGCAAAUGCAUCCUCAGCACCUAAACUGUGCCUGCAUAAAGAGUCUUUUUUGUUAGCAGAGAGGAAAAUCAAGCCCUAAAAUAAUUCUGGUGGGACCAUAGCUAGAAAAAAAAUCACUGAGAUGAAAGCCACCUCCGGUUAGGAGGGUUAUUACAGGUUACACACCACUGCAAGCUCAUACCAGAUAUAAACACCCCGUGAAAUCAGAGCUGUAUGACUUAUAUGCUGCCAGUGUCAAAGCAAAUAAAAGUAAACAUGACAGUGCAAAUGUAACUAACAUUUUGUGUUCUAAUUUUAACAGGGAUUUAUCUUGCAAUAAAAUCCUGUCGAUUGAGGAACAUGCUUUUGAGCCACUUCCUUUUUUGCAGCUUCUAAACCUUGGUGGAAAUCUCAUCACGCAGAUCCAGAAUAGCACUUUCCAGGCAUGGCAUGGGAUGCAGUUUUUACAGAAGCUGAUCCUAAGCCAUAACCCCCUGUUCGUUAUUGCUGACACAUCAUUCUUCAAGCUGCCUUCGGUCAAGUAUCUAGACCUGGGUGCAACACAACUGACUCAGCAGGCAUUGCUCAUGCUCCUCCUGACAACAGUCCACUUGGAAACGCUCAAACUGCCCAGUGAUGUGGCCUGCUGCCUCUGCCAGAAGAAACACCCCACCAAACCCCCGUGCAGGACCAUCAAGUUUCACUGCGAGAACCUGUGCACCACCAGCGCUCCCCAGUGCGCUUACACAGAUCCUCUGGCAGAAACACCAGGAAAAAUAAUGGAAGUGUUACCAUCCAGAAAACUGAAAGCCAGCAUGGUGUUGAACCUCAAGCCUGAGGAUCCUUUGCUCAGAGACAAUGAAACCAUAACGUUUGCAGUUGUCCUAAACCUGACCGGCACUGAUGGUGAUCUCGGGAACGCAAAUGAUCACAUUUCCAGAACAAAUUCAUGUUCCUCUCAGCAGCUGUUAAGGCAAGGAGACAAAACCAGUAAGGAGCUGAUGCUGCACAACAUUCAGCACAUGGGCUGGACCGUUGAAAGUCAUACAAGGAGACUGGAUUUUCUAGCAAAGGCACUAGAGGCCGAGCUCAAGAAUAAGCUGCACAAGGCUGAAAGCAUCAUGACUGUGACAAGCACUGUCUCACCCCUGCCAACAUCUGCCAUGCAAAAGGACGAGGUGCACAAGAUCCCAGCAGUGGAGGGAGAGCCAACCACAGGCUGGGUGCAAAAGCAGCAUGGCUUAGGUUUGAACCAGACAGCAGCAAACCCCCAGGAAGCAGCUGGCAGGUUAAACCCCACUGACAACACCUCCAUCUUCAGACAUCACAAAAUAUCCACAGCUCCUUCAAAACAUACCCUUUUGCGCUCCCCAGCAGAGGCCCCCCAUUUGUCCAGGUGUUUUAAUAAUCAAAAUUGUUCCAAAGCUGUGGAACAGACCAAGAAAACUCAUGGGAUGGAGGAUGUGGAGGAUGCAGAAGAUGUGGAGGAUGCAGAAGAUGUGGAGGAUGCAAAAGAUGCAGAGGAAGCACCACGUCCCAGGCAGGACUAUGUUUGGACUUACAAAAAGCAGAAGCAGAGGGACAGCCCGUAUCUGAAUAAAAGUAAUCAGCUUUUCUCCAAGACAUCUGGCAAUGUGACUCCUGAGGAAGAGCCCACACCAACAGAAAGUAAAGCAGAGCAGAAACUAAACACAGAACAGCAUUUUUUCUACAACCUGUUGGUUAACUACAGCCCCCCCACCGCAAGCAGCAUGCUAGAGGACACGGGUGAAGAAGAGGGUUCCUCUCUAGGUAGGCAUUUACCAGCCGUCCCUCAAACUGCAGAAACACACUGGAAGCAACCAAAGGAAGGAUCCAGUUUCCUCAGUAAACCAGGGAGCUCCGACAGCCCAGACAGCAUUUCAUUUCAAGGAGACCUCUUUGAAACCAAGGUCAAUCCCUACCUAGGUUUGCUCGUCUCGGACGAAGCCCUGCAGAUGUUCAUCGCCCACGUGGCACGAGCCCUGAGGAUGGACUGCAGCCUGCCCGAGGUCCAGCUGCCCUGUGCAAAGAUGAUCUCGAGGAUGGGGCUGCUUGUAAAGCUGCUCAGCGAGAGGCAAGAUGACCAGGGAGACUCUGUUCUCGUGGGCCACUGUCUUCUGGAAGGGAAUGUUUCCAACAGCAUGCCCGAGACCAGGAAGGUGGACAGGAAAUCCAUAAGGAAGCAGAGACCAAAGCACGCCCUCGGCGACAACCUCCUGUUAGCGUUAUCAGCGACCCUCAUCAUCAUGAUUAAUUUCACAGCGUUUUGUCUCAUUGAGGUUUGCUCCCAAAAUCCUGAAGCUGCUUCCCAGCCCCAAAGGACCAGUCAGUCACACCCAAAAUGGUUCUUUCAAAAACUCCCAGAGGGACAGAGCGAGAGCGAGUGUGGCAUCGGAGAGCAGGGCUCGCACGUGUCCUGCUUCAGCCAGACACAGCCGUGGUGGCUGAGGGACUUGUACCAGCCCCUGGAGGCCUACCACAUGGAACACAUGAGCCAGCUGUACGACCUGACCUCCGAGGAGGAGGAGGAGGUUUUCAGCAAGUCCAGGCUAAACAGGAUGCCACCAGCACCGCAGAGCAGCCACACCGACGUGGAAGGGUGACUACCUGCCGCCUGUGCCCAGUGGCCCAGCGCACCCCAGCAGCUGCCACAGCCGCACACCCCCGCCGAGGAGGACACGGGGGCCAGGAACGUGCUGGGGACACCCCGAAGGCCACCGCUGCGGGAGGGGGACGGGGGGGCUACGGGCAGCAGGGAGCCUUCGUAGGGCUCCAGCAGCAGCAGGCCGGGCUGACGUGGCACCGUGUUCCUGGAGCUGCAGCCGUGCAGCCUCGCUGGGCACGCGGGGUGUCCCUGGGGGGGACACACGUGUCCCCGCAGGCAGCUGGCAGGGGGUGCCCGGGGUGCUGGGGUGCCGCUGCAGACCCCAGGGGCUCUGUACUGGUCACGUUUGUUCGGUGGCGGGGAAGGGCUUUGGAAAUUGCCAUUAAAACGUGUGGGUUUUUCA